AUGUUACAAAAGACUGAUUGGGUCAUUCAGAAAUUUGGUGGUACUUCUGUGGGUAAGUUUCCAACUCAGAUUGUCGAUGAGAUUAUUAAAUUUUAUUCUCAAGUAUUAAAUAAUAACGUUGCUGUUGUAUGUUCAGCUCGUUCUUCUUAUACUAAAGCUGAAGGUACUACUUCAAGAUUAUUAAAAUGUUGUGAUUUAGCUGCACAAGAAUCUGAAUUUCAUGAUAUCAUUGAAAUCAUCUCUCAGGAUCAUAUUGAUAAUGCAGAAAGAUUUAUUCAAAAUCCUGUUUUACAAACUAAAUUAAUAGAAGAUACUAAGAAUGAAUUAAAUUUAAUUGGUAAAUAUUUAGAAGCUUCAAAAGUAUUAGGUGAAGUCUCUACAAGAACCAUCGAUUUAGUUAUGUCCGUCGGUGAAAAAUUGAGUUGUUUGUUUAUGACCGCAUUAUGUAAUGAUCGUGGUAUAAAAGCUAAAUAUAUUGAUUUAUCUCAUAUUAUUCCAUCAGAUUAUAAUGUUACCGUAUUAGAUAAUUCAUUCUAUGUAUUUUUGGUUCAAGCUUUGAAGGAUAAAUUACAACCAAUUGUAUCUAAUAAUAUUGCACACCCUGAUGAUAAAAUCGUUCCUGUUAUUACUGGGUUUUUCGGUUUAGUACCCAUGGGUCUAUUGAAUGGUGUUGGUCGUGGUUAUACUGAUCUUUGUGCUGCUUUAGUUGCCGUAGCAAUUAAUGCUGAUGAAUUACAAGUUUGGAAAGAAGUUGAUGGGAUUUUUACCGCAGAUCCAAGAAAAGUUCCAGAUGCUAGAUUAUUAUCAUCUGUCACUCCAGAAGAAGCUUCAGAAUUAACCUAUUACGGUUCAGAAGUUAUUCAUCCUUUCACCAUGGAACAAGUCAUUCGGGCUCAAAUUCCAAUUAGAAUUAAAAAUGUUCAAAAUCCAAAGGGUGAUGGUACCAUUAUUUAUCCUGAUAACAUUGCUAAGAGAGGUGAAUUGACACCACCACAUCCUCCUGAGGCUUUAUCUUCAUCAUUUUUUGAAAAGAAGAGAAGAGGUGCUACUGCGAUUACUACAAAGAAUGAUAUUGUAGUACUGAAUAUACAUUCCAAUAAGAAAACACUAUCACAUGGUUUCUUAGCUCAAAUCUUUACCAUAUUAGAUAAAUUUAAAUUGGUAGUUGAUUUAAUCUCUACAUCUGAAGUUCAUGUCUCAAUGGCUUUACCUAUCCCAGAUAAUGAUUCUUUGAAGGCCCUAAGAAAAGCAGUAGAACAAUUGAGAGCGUUGGGUACUGUUGAUAUUAUAAAAAAGAUGGCCAUUGUAUCAUUGGUUGGUAAGCAAAUGAAACAAUUUAUUGGUAUUGCAGGUACUAUGUUUACUACAUUAGCUGAACAAGGUAUCAAUAUUGAAAUGAUUUCUCAAGGUGCUAAUGAAAUAAAUAUUUCUUGUGUUAUUGAUGAAGAAGAUUCUAUUAAAGCAUUACAAUCUAUUCAUGCUAAAUUAUUAGAUGAAAGGAAACAAGCCGAAUUGGAACAUUCUCAGAGUACUGCAUCCUUUGAACACGCCGUUGAUGAAAGACUAGAACAAAUCAAGAGAUUGGACUUAUAG